CUCUAUAGUCAAAAUAUCAAUUAACACACUGAUUCUAAACACUACUAACAGAGUAGCGAAUCAGCACAUCAACUCGUUCUUCGAUAAUGGAUGCUCCCGAAGAUUCCUCCCACUAUUUCACCGAUUUCACAUUGGCCGAGAUUGUAGACAUGGAGACUCUGUUCAAGGAGCUCGGUGAUCAAUCUCUCCUCAAAGACUUCUGUCAAACUGUUGCCUCCUCUUUUAGUUGCUCAGUGAAUCGGAAGGGAAAAUCAUCAAUAACAUGGAAACAAGUACAGGGUUGGUUUCAGGGGAGGCUAGAGAAGCAAAACCAACCCAAAUUCAAGACUGCGCCAUCUUCCCCUUUGCUGAUUGUUGACUUAUCAAAUCCAGGUGGUGUCAGAGAUGCUGGAAGUCCUGAAACUGUUACCUAUGGUCAAAGAGUGAAAGGUAAGACCUCUGAUGUAUCUGAUCUCGCUUUUGAGGCUAAAUCUGCUAGGGAUGACGCGUGGUAUGACGUGGCAUCGUUCAUGACUUAUAGAUAUCUCCGCACUGGUGAACUGGAAGUGCGUGUCCGAUUUUCCGGGUUCGACAACCAACACGAUGAGUGGGUGAACGUGCAAACGUCAGUGCGGGAGCGGUCUAUUCCUGUAGAACCAUCAGAGUGUGGGAGAGUGAAGGUUGGAGAGUUGCUUCUGUGUUUUCAGGAUAGGGAGGAUGAAGCACUGUACUGUGAUGCUCAUGUUGUGAAUAUCAAGAGAGGGGUUCAUGAUCACAGGAGUUGUAACUGCGUGUUUGUUGUUCGGUACGAGUUUGACGGUACAGAGGAAACGCUGGGACUUGAAAGUAUUUGCCGUCGUCCUGAUUCUGAAGAGUGAAUUUGUUUUGGUCAUGAAUUCUGAAGAGUGAAUUUGUCUAACUAGAUUGCAUAUAACUGAACCAAGCCCAAGGUGCGAAGCAACUAAGUGAUAGUUUCUUUGGUGUGAAUAAUGUGGAAUUAAGACCUAUAAAGUGCAAAAGGGCUUUAGACAAUGUAACCAAACCUAAAUGCUUAAGCAGUAAAGUCCCUUUCUUAUAUGA